AUGGGUGCCUACAAGUACUUGGAAGAAAUCUCCCGUAACAAGCAAUCUGAUGUCCUCAGAUUUUUGCUCCGUGUCAGAUGUUGGGAAUACCGUCAACUCAAUGUCAUUCACCGUGCUACCAGACCUUCUCGUCCUGAUAAGGCUCGUCGUCUCGGUUAUAAGGCCAAGCAAGGAUUCGUGAUUUACAGAAUCCGUGUCAGACGUGGUGGUCGUAAGAAGCCUGCUCCCAAGGGUGCUACCUACGGUAAGCCCACCAACAUGGGUAUCAACCAACUCAAGUACCAACGUUCUUUGCGUGCUACCGCCGAAGAGCGUGUUGGACGUCGUGCCCCUAACUUGCGUGUCCUCAACUCUUACUGGAUCAACCAAGACUCCACCUACAAGUACUACGAGGUCAUCCUUGUUGACCCUCAACACAAGGCCAUUCGUCGUGAUGCUCGUUACAACUGGAUCGCCAACCCCGUUCACAAGCACCGUGAGGCCCGUGGUCUUACUGCCACUGGUAAGAAGUCCAGAGGUAUCAACAAGGGUCAUCUUUACCACAACACCUCUGCUGGCCGCAGACACACCUGGAAGAAGCACAACACUCUCAGUUUGUGGAGAUACCGUUAA